UCCGUCUUUGGCAUCAUCUCAGUCCUUCUAAUCGGCGUAUUUGUCUCGCAGGCCGAUACUACGCUGGUCUUUGCAACUUAUGCGCACAUAACCUCUGAAUUCAUCCGCAUGGGAAAGGGCAGUUGGAUCGAUGGUAGUUGGAUAGUGACGAGUUUUGGCCUUGCAACUUGCGCCACACAGCCAAUGUACGGAAGACUGUCACAGAUCUUUGGAAGGAAGCCGAUAUUGCAAACGUCGUAUCUUUUGUUCUUGAUUGGUACUGCGCUUGCUGGUAUCGCUCAGAAUAUGGUACAGAUGAUCUUUGGCCGUGUCAUUCAGGGUGCCGGAAGUGCUGGAAUGGUCUCUAUGGUUUCUAUCCUUCUGACUGAUCUGGUACCGUUGCAUGAAGUGGCAGCAUACAGGAGUUACGUCAAUGUCUUUUCCACUGUAGGAAGGAGUUGCGGCGGUCUAAUAGGAGGCUAUCUGACUCAAACCAUUGGUUGGAGAUGGGCGUUUAUCGGACAAUGUCCACUUUUACUCCUCUCCAUCGUGCUGGUCUGGUGGAAACUCGAAGAGCCACAACAAAAUGUCGAAUUGAAGCAAAGCAUCUGGAAAAAACUCAAGCGCAUCGAUUUCGUCGGUGCUUUCUUCAUGUCAGUCGCCAUUCUAGCGUGCAUCACAGCAUUCGAUCUAGGCAGCAAAAAGGCCAGCACCACCAUGAUCGCUGUUCUGGUUGCAAUCGGCGUUACUGCCGGAGUAUUCUUUGUCCUCACAGAGAAGUUCUGGGCCAAAGAACCUGUAUUUCCAUUGGAGUUGCUGGCUAAGGAUGCAGUGAUCACAUCGUAUAUGAUCAUCUUCAUUCAGACUGGUAUCCAAGUUUCUCUCAUGUUCCUAGUGCCAUUAUACUUCCAGGUCACUGCUAAUGCAAGUAUGGGCGAGGCUGGCGCGCAUCUUGUCCCUGCCGUGUUUGGAAAUACACUCGGUGGUCUUGCUGUCGGUGCUUGGAUCAAGCGUACCGGCCGCUACAAACCCCCGACUAUUUUCGCCAGUCUAUCGGCCAUGUUGUGUUUCUCCCUGCUUCUGACUUUCUGGCGAGGUCACACCAGUACAGCUGGCUCAUUGGUCAUCUUCUUCGGUGGCUGCGCAUCAGGCAUGGCAAACUCUGCUUUGUUUGUUGGCUUGACUGCAGGUGUUGAGAAAGACCAGAUCGCCAUCGCCACCACAGGAUUAUACCUCAGCUCUAACAUCAGUGUAGUAGCUGGUGUCAGUGCUGCAAGUGCUAUUUUCCAAUCUGCAUUGAGGGCAAAUCUUCACAGAAUCCUGCAAAGAGUGGUCGAUGGAGACGAGAUUGCGAGGAAAGUACUGAGUGAUGUUGCAUACGUACAAACAUUGCAUGGUCCUUUGAGACGACUCAUCAUUCGUGCCUUUGUCGCGAGUUUCAGAAGG